AUGAAGGACGGGGCACAUUCUCUAACUGAUGACGUGGCUGUGCACACGCAUGUCAGCUUCUGCCACCUCCAGCUUCUCCAUCAGCCUUUCAAACGCUGCUUCAGCCGGCCUGUUUCCAGGUGCAGAAAGCAGCCCCAGCGCCGCAUCUUUUCAAGACGGCCACCUGCAGGAAGGCUCUGCUCCCCGGCUUGCACCGGGAUGAGGGUUAGGGCGCCCCCCUGA